AACAAAAAGCCAUCAUGAGUUGUCAGAUCUCUUGCAAGUCUCGAAGGGGAGGAGGCGGAGGUGGAUUCCGGAGCUUCAGUAGUGGCUCUGCUGUGGUCUCUGGAGGGAGCCGGAGAUCCACCAGUGGCUUUUCCUGCUUGAGCCGCCAUGGUGGCGGCAGAGGAGGCUCUGGUGGAGGUGGCUUUGGCAGUCAGAGUCUGGUCGGCCUCGGAGGGUACAAGAGCAUCUCUACUAGCGUGGCUGGCUGUGGUGGUGGAUUUGGUGGCAGAGGUGGCAGUGGCUUCGGAGGCGGCAGCAGCUUCGGAGGCGGCGGUGGCUUCGGAGGUGGCUCUGGUUUUGGAGGAGGCAGAGGAUUUGGAGGCAGCGGUGGCUUCGGAGGAGGCAGUGGCUUCGGAGGAGGCAGUGGUUUUGGAGGUGGCAGUGGCUUCGGAGGUGGUGGAUUUGGUGGAGGCGGCUUUGGUGGAGGCCGUUUUGGAGGAGGCAGCGGCUUUGGAGGCUUUGGAGGGCCUGGAGGAUUUCCUGGUGGAGGCAUCCAUGAAGUUUCGGUCAACCAGAGCCUACUGCAGCCUCUUGAUGUCAAAGUAGACCCAGAGAUCCAGAAUGUGAAGUCUCAGGAACGGGAACAGAUAAAAACUCUCAACAACAAAUUUGCCUCUUUCAUUGACAAGGUUCGAUUCCUGGAGCAGCAGAACCAGGUGUUGCAGACCAAAUGGGAACUUCUGCAGCAGCUGGAUGUGGGUACCCGAACUACCAACCUGGACCCCAUCUUCCAGGCCUAUAUUAGUAUGCUCAAGAAACAAGUGGAUGGGCUUGCAGCUGAAAGAACCUCACAGGACUCAGAGCUGAACAAUAUGCAGGAUCUCGUGGAAGACUUUAAGAAGAAGUAUGAGGACGAAAUCAACAAGCGCACAUCUGCAGAGAAUGAGUUUGUGACAAUUAAAAAGGAUGUGGACAGCUCCUACAUGGACAAGACAGAGCUGCAGGCCAAGGUGGACACACUGAUGCAGGAAGUUGAUUUCCUGAGAACACUCUAUGACAUGGAACUGUCCCAGCUACAACAGACUGUCACUGACACCAAUGUCAUCUUGUCAAUGGACAACAACCGGAACCUUGACCUGGACAGUAUCAUUGCUGAGGUUCAGAAUCAAUAUGAGAUCAUUGCCCAUAAGAGCAAGACCGAAUCAGAGGAGCUGUACCACAGCAAGUAUGAAGAGCUCCAGGUCACUGCUGUGAAACACGGGGAGAGCUUGAAAGAGAUCAAGAUGGAGAUUAGCGAGCUGAACCGCACAAUCCAAAGGCUGCAAGGGGAGAUAUCACAUGUGAAGAAGCAGUGUAAGGGUGUACAAGACUCCAUUGCUGAUGCAGAGCAGCGUGGAGAGCAUGCCCUCAAAGAUGCCAGGAACAAGCUCACUGACUUGGAGGAGGCCAUGCAGCAGGCCCGAGAGAACCUGACCCGGCUGCUGCGGGACUACCAGGAGCUCAUGAACACCAAGCUGGCCCUGGAUGUGGAGAUCGCCACCUACCGCAAGCUGCUGGAGGGCGAGGAGUGCAGGAUGACUGGAGAAUUCAACGACAACGUGUCUGUGUCCGUGACAAGCAGCACCAUUUCCUCAUCCGUGGCAUCCAAGGCUGGCUUUGGCUCUGGAGGUCAAAGUUCUGGAGGAAGAGGGUCUUAUGGAGGAGGAAGUACCCAUGGCUCUGGAGGCAGAAACUCUGGUUCUAGAGGAGGAUCCGGAGGAGGUGGAUUCAGCUCUGGAGGUGGAUCUAGAGGAGGUUCAGGCACUGGAGGCGGAUACAGCUCUGGAGGCGGCUCCAGGGGAGGGUCUGGAUCUGGAGGUGGAUUCAGCUCUGGAGGAGGCUCUAGGGGAGGAUCUGGAGGAGGUGCUGGAGGAGGCUCUAGGGGAGGUUCAGGCUCUGGAGGAGGUGGAUACAGCUCCGGAGGUGGCUCUAGGGGAGGGUCUGGAUCUGGAGGUGGAUUCAGCUCUGGAGGAGGCUCUAGGGGAGGAUCUGGAGGAGGUGGAUACAGCUCUGGGGGCGGCUCCAGGGGAGGGUCCAGCUCUGGGGGUGCAGUAUCUGGCUCUGAAAGGGGAGGUUCUGGCUCAGGGGAAGGUUGUAGCUCCGGGGUGACCUUCUCUUUUAGAUAGAGAUGGGUCCUGACCCGACCAGAAUGUCAGCGUAUCUCUGUAUCACUAAUUCAGAGCCACCCCAAUUUUUGUAAUCCACCUCUGAUGACAUUUCUUUUUGAGAGGGGGUGAUGAAAGAUCUAAUGAUUAGAGUCAGAGACAUGCACUGUGUUCUGGGGAAGAAUCUGUGUUGUCCAAGUGUGUCUUCAAGCCAUGUCCCACCUCUGAUCUCCUUGCAGUGCCCAUCUGACAGCCAUAUCUAGAUGGUGCUCUGCUGAGGACCCCAGGGUAGCCCCCCCCAUCCCAUCCCCCAACAGUGGUCUGGGGAACUAUGCUUCUGUGUACAUAGCCUCUCCAAUAGAUUCUGCUCUCCGAGUGCUGUGGUCUGGGUGUCUGCAUAAUAAACUUCAUUGGCAAUUGA